AUGCAGUGGAUGGCACAACACUUUACACUACCAAUUUUACUUGGUUUAUCUUUAACAAGUAUUAGUAUUGCUGUAUUAUAUAUACUGUACAAAAAGGAUGGAGAAGAUAUUAAAUCUAGAAAAAACAAUAUUGAAAUUGCAAAACGAUUUACAGUGGAAUGUCAUAUACCCAGACAAUUUGUUCCUGCUGUUAUUGGAAGGGGUGGUUCAGUAAUAAAAGAUGUAGAAAAUAAAACAGGAACUCAGAUACAUUUUAAAGAAAAUAAUAUUGAUUGUCCCGAUCAUAUUUGUAUAAUAAAAGGAAGCUAUGAAAAUGUACAUUUAGCUGAAGAAAUGAUAAAGUCUAUAGUGCAAAAUCAGCCUAUAAUUGAAACAUAUGUAAUGUAUAUACCACAAAAUACAUGUAGCAGAAUAAUAGGAAGGGGUGGUGAAGUUAUACAACGGAUUCAAACAACCUCUAAUGCAAAAAUUAUUGUUGAUAGAAGCUAUAAUCCUUAUGAUACAAAUGCAGAGAAAAUGGUUACUAUAAAAGGAACAGGUGAACAAAUUGCUGCAGCUUUGUUACAAAUUAAAGAAAGAAUUCGUGAAGAAAAAGAAGUACGUUUAAAAUUAGAGGCUUCUUCUACUUCAAGAAUGCCUAGAGAAAAAUUAUCUCCCCAAAGCACUACAAUUAGCACAUCUGAACAGGUUCAAACUAUUGAAUCUUUGUCAUUACAAGUUUCUGAUGGCUUGGUGAAAGUAUAUGUAUCUGCAAUGGAAAGUCCUAGCCAAUUUUGCGUUCAAGUUGUUGGUCCUGAUACUACAGCAUUAGAUAAAUUGGUAUAUGAAAUGACUGCUUACUAUGAUGAUGAACAAAAUCAUGGAUUACAUAUAUUGAAAAAUAUAACACUUGGACAAAUAGUAGCAGCAAAAUUCAGUUAUGAUAAACAGUGGUACAGAGCUGAAGUUAUUUCUACUCCUGAAGAUGGUCAAUGUGAAGUAUAUUUUGUAGAUUAUGGAGAUCAUGAAAUGGUUCAAAUCGAUUCUGUUUUGAAGCUUCGAACCGAUUUUCUCAGCUUAAAGUUGCAAGCAGUCGAAUGUUCGUUAGCUAAUAUUAAAUCACGGUGUCCCGUAUGGAAUGAAUGGUGUGCCGAGGCUUGCGAAAUGUUUGCGGAACUCACUUGGUUGGGUCAAUGGAAAGUGCUGAUUGCCAAAGUUAGGGGUUACAGAGAGCGGGCCUUCAGUCACAGAAGGUUUCGACGCGAAGGACCACCGAUUCCUUGCAUUGACCUUUUCAAUAAGAAUGGAGACAAGGACAUUAAUAUCGGUCAAGAGAUGAUAAACGAAGGCUUCGCCGUGCUGGAAGAGCCUCUGUCAUCGACAGCCUCUUCAACGCUGUCCCUAUCAACUCGAAGCUACGAGUUGACGACUAUUUCAAGUCCGGCGUCUACUUCUACAUUGGCGAAACGAGCUUUGACCCCUGAAACGUUGGCAAACACUCCACGUAAAUUUAGUUCGAUCGAUUCACCGAACCCAAACGAAUCGACCAUAGAUCACGAAACAUCCACCAGUACACCUUCAGGCUUCCAAACGGAAGAAAUCGAUCUGAGCACACCGGAGAAAACGGGCAAGCAGAUGGAGGAGAUCGAUCCGGUGACACCGGCGAAGGACGGGAGGAGUCGCUUUGUCGAGAAGGAGAAGUACGAGAAAGCUCGAAAUCCCCGCUCGAAUAUCAACGCAUCUUUGAGAAACAUCGCAGCUGGCUGCGAGAGCGAUCUUUCUACGGAUUCGGACGAGUUGGAGCUGGGGUAAAUCGAAAGCACCAGCCAUGUUUCUCUUUUUCCAUCGAGUUACGCUUUUCUUCUUUUCUUUGGCCUCGUAGUCGUUUUAGAUGUGACAAUUUGAAACAUUGCAAACGAAGGCUUUCCCCGAUAGAGAGAGACAUAGCAAGAAAGAGAAUAGCAUAGAAGACAUGCAACGAUUCAAGCCUUUCGCCUAUGCGCUUUAUUUUUUGUUCUUUAAUUUCGUCGUUAAUGUUAUAGUUAGUCUAAGUUUGAGAGAGAUGCGCUUUUUAUCUUGUUGCA